AUGAAGCCCAAACCAAAGAAAAGUGCAAAAACAACCAGUGAACCUACACCUACACAUGUUCCCUCUCCACUUAUACCCUCUAUUGUACCUGCACCAUCAUUCCCUGCUCAUGCUGCACCCAAUAUUCCCACCUCUACUAGACCUUCAUCCCCAAAACCAUCUUCACAUGCACCUGUGUCUGCUUCGACCUCUAAACCCACUAAGAUCAAGGCUACAUCAAGAAAAUCUGUUAAGAGUGACAAAGUGGUGAUUCGUGUUGCUACUAAGGAGGACAUGGUGGUUAAGGAAGUAAAAUUACCUCCAUCAAAGUUAGAUGUUCAGGUUUCUGCUAUUGAAGUUGCACCCUUAGAAAUUAUUCCACCCAUAAGUGACAAACCACGAGUGGAGGAACCUACUUUAGAAACAGACACUGCAACUCAGGAGAAAAGGGGUGAUGAUGAAGGAGAGGAAGAAAGAGGAAAGGUAGCUAGUCGUGAGGAGUACCAGGCUCAGUAUAUGGCUCAUGAUACUGAUGAGAAAAAAAGUGAGAAUAAUGGGGAAUCUAGAGAGGAAAAGGAAAGUGAGGAAGAAAAAUAUAGUAAGGAAGAAGGAGACUCUGAGAGUGAAGGUGAGAAAGAAGAAAAGGGAAGUGAAAGUGAGAGUACUGAACGUGAGAGUGGGGAAGAGAAUGCAGGUGGGGAAUCUAAAGGCUCGAUGGCUAUUGGGACUAGUGUCAUAGCCCCUUUAGAAGAAGCAAAUGGACAGAAAAGGGCUGAAUAA